CGUCGUGUGGGUCAGUCAGAAGCUCCUGAGCAGCUAGCAGAGCUAGCAUGGUACCAGCGGUUGAGGGGGAAGGUCGAUGGUAGAACAGCAAACCCGGCAGUUAUUUAUUAAUUUAUCUGACAACAUCGUUCACACACAGACGAAGGCGAACGUGUUUCCGAAAAGCCGAGUAUUUGACGUGCUCAGCGUUUAGUGAGCGAGCUUGAAGUUCCGCUCGGUGUCGUCGCUUCUAUCCGCCGAACGUUGCAACCAUGGCCGCGCUCAGAAUGUCCUAUCACCGGAUCCUGGACAAGGUCGAGCACAUGCUGCCCGCCAAGCUGAGACCCCUGUACAACCACCCGGCAGGUCCAAGAACAGUUUUCUUCUGGGCUCCGGUGUUUAAAUGGGGUCUGGUUGCAGCUGGUUUGGCUGAUAUGACUCGACCAGCCGAUAAACUCAGUACCUCCCAGUCUGCAGUUCUGUUGGCCACAGGCCUGAUCUGGUCCAGAUACUCGUUAGUCAUCAUCCCCAAGAACUGGAACCUGUUUUGUGUCAACUUCUUUGUGGGCGGCGCAGGAGCCACCCAGCUCUACAGGAUCUGGAGUUUCAACCAGGAGCAGAAGGCAGCGGCCAAAGAGACGGCAGCAGAGUCCUGAGUGCUCCUCCACUGGAAGGGAGACCCUGGGCACAGCCCCCCCCCCCCCCCCCCCCCAGCAUCCUCACAUUAUCUCCAUAACAGCCAAAACCAUUGUUCUUCCACAUUAAGCCUCAUGUCCCUGAUGGAAAUGUGCACUUUCCCUCGAGUUUCAAAUGUCCUCGGGGUGGAAAAAAAACGAAACCCAAAAGAGACAGAACCGUUUCCAACUCAGAAAUCGUUGUCUUGAACGCACAUGUAUCACUCGUCAAAACUACUGUUAUGACUCAAUUAUUUCAGUUCAUGCUUUGUCUCGUGCAUUAGUUGGGAAGUUUUUUCUUUUUUUUUUCUUCAAGAUUCAUACUUCAGGUGUAGCAAGCCGUACCUCGUGCACUAAUUUCCCAAAACAUGUAAGUCUCGGAUAUAUGUUAAAUGUGGUUUCAAGGAAUGUUUCUAAAUUAAAUCAAGGAUGUGAUCACAUUAGUCUUUUAAUUUACUUAUUUAUAAUUAGCUUACGGUUGCGUCAUCUGUACCUCGGUGACCAUUAGAUCAUUAUUGAAUAUAUAGAAUGUAAUUUCUUCAAUUUAAAUAGCAUUAAUCUUUAAGAGGGCGAAUCAUGAAUUUAUUAAAUCAUUCUCGUUCUGAAAACUGUAAAGAAAGAUGUUAUUUCCUGAUUUUUUAUCAGGAAAACCUGUGCAGCUUUUUAUUGAUAGUCAAAGCAAACAGACGUGCCAACGGCUCGUAGUGAUCUAAAUCCUGCUGUUGAAUGCUUCGUUUCUAGAAAGGUUUUAUCAUUUGUGUGUAAGAAUAGCACUUUCAUUGACACGUUCCCAAUAAAGUUUACGUGUUGUAACCCCAUGAAUAUUUUAGCAAUAAUUAGUCAUCACUGAAUUAUUUCUUGAUCUGCUGACUGAACAAAUGUCACUUUGAUGGUUGUCAUGGCUGUGGCUGAGUCAUUCUAAUAAAUCCUGUUUAUCAGCUGUC